UCGUUUCAGAAUCGCCAUGUCUUAACCAAUCAUUUUACAACCCGAGAUUAACAUCGAAGUGCCUCUCUUCUGACCAAACUGGUGAUAAAUUCUGCAAACGGGUAUGGAAAAUAGUUCAAUGCUUAGGGAAUGGUAUUGUAAAGUCUUCAGGAAUAUCAUGUUCUGGAAUACGGCUGAAAUCUAUCGCUCUCCAAAAUCAGAAUACUAUUGAAAGGUUAAUGGGAAGGUCAAUCUCUCAGUGUGUUCAAUCUCCAUGCAAGGGACUAUAUUUUAAAAGACUGAGGAAGUAUGGAAUCCCUUGCUCUCGAACACUUCGAAGUAAGAAAAUCAACUUCAGAAGCACCGUGUCGUAAUUUUCAGCUUGUAGCAAAUUGUAUGGUUUCCAAAAUCAUUGAUGAAAACAAUUCUACUUGUUUGACCGAGGAUAAAGCUUCUACAGCACAGCUGUUUGUUUAUUAUUUACCACCAACGUACCAUGCUCUUUUCAAAAGAUGUGAAGCAAAAAUAUCUGAAUUUAGUGCAGUUGGAAAAGAUUCACAAAGUCUAGUCCAGGACGUUAGAACAACUACAAAGCUGACGCCAUUAAUUGAAUUUCAAGCAUCUUCUUCUCCUGAGCAUCCAGACACAGCGACUGAUGAUAGCACACAUUCGUCUUUAGCACAUUUAGCAACAUCGACCAAUGGUACUACAAGGUCUCCUGAACAUCCAGCUAUUACACCAGAUGCUACCACAAGCUCUCUUCCUAGCUUACUCAGAGUGAAUCUAGAUUGUCGUUUGCCUGGGAUCAUAUAUAGAGGACGCAGGAACAUAACUGAAUCCGGUAUAGUGUGUCAAAAAUGGGAUAUACAGAGUCCACACAAACACACUUAUGAUAUAAUUCGGCUUGCACAAGAGAACUACUGUAGAAACUUCGACAGAGAAGAGCCGUGGUGUUUCACUAGUAACUCUAGUGUUCGUUGGGAACUUUGUGGGGUGGAAGUUUGUAGAUCACCUUGCCUCAAUCAAACAUUCUUUACCGAACAAUUAAUAUCUCAGUGUCAAAAUGCGGCACAACCAGAUGAUCAAUUCUGCAGUCGUAUGUGGAAAAUGAUAAAGUGUUUGAAGAACCAAAUCGAAAUUUCAUCAGGUAUUUCAUGUUCUGGGAUUGAAAGUAGAUCUAUUGCUUUGCAACUUGAGGGAACCAUUGAGGGAGUAAUGAAGAGGUCUAUUUCUCAGUGUAUUCAACCUCCAUGCACAGCUUCAAUUGUGUCAACUAUGGAAGGGUUGUCGGAUUAUGGAAUCCCUUGUAACCAAGCCUUCCGUGUCGAUUUGUCAACAUCAGAAACACUCUGCAGUAAUUUUCAGGGUGUAGCAAACUGCGUGGUUUCCAGAAUUAUUGAUGAAACCAAUGCUACGUGCGUGGCUAAAGAUAAAGCUUACACAGCGAAGAAGUACGCAACACUUAUACCACCAGAAUAUACAGCAGAUUUUAAACAGUGCAUACCAAAGCUAUCUGAAUUCCCUGUACCAGAAGAAGAUUCCAGAAAGGUAGAACCGGACAUGGUAACAGGUGUUAAUCAAACACCAGUGAUUGUUGUCAUAGGAUUUGCAAUUGUUUGCAUUUUAGUAGGCAUCCUGAUUAUCAGUUUAGUAUCAAUGAGGAAAAUGCUUUUGCGAAAGAGAAGGAAAGAUUUAAUGCGCCUUCCAAAUGUUCCAAAGACAACAAAUAGUCUAUAUGAAUCAAAUUUUACCUCAUCAAAUAAUCCCUACAAUGAACCUGAUUAUGAAAUGAUUGAAGAACAAGACGAAAAUUAUGAUCAUCUGCGUGAACAAAGAGAAGAACGUGAAUCUCUGAAUGACAAGGAACAAGUUAGGGGCGGAUCCUACAUUAUUCCUAAUAAUGCAGAUGGUUCAUAUCUGGAGGUCUUACAUACCACAAACGAAAGUGUUAAUGCAAGUUACACGAAUAUUAACCGUUACGUAGAGUUGAUCGAUGAUAGCAUUGAACGUAAGUCUAAAGCAGAAGUCAAUGAUGAAGUAAAGGAGUCUCAAGCAGAAGUCAAUGAUGAAGUAAAGGAGUCUCAAGCAGAAGUCAAUGAUGAAGUAAAGGAGUCUCAAGCAGAAGUCAAUGAUGAAGUAAAGGAGUCUCAAGCAGAAGUCAAUGAUGAAGUAAAGGAGUCUCAAGCAGAAGUCAAUGAUGAAGUAAAGGAGUCUCAAGCAGAAGUCAAUGAUGAAGUAAAGGAGUCUCAAGCAGAAGGAAAUGAUGACGUAAAGGAGUCUCAAGCAGAAGUCAAUGAUGAAGUAAAGGAGUCUCAAGCAGUAGUCAAUAAUGAAGUCCAGGUACAUGCAGGUACAUGAAGAAAACAGUAGUGAUUCGGAAAGCACAGGACAUGAAGUUAUAUUGUGACUAUAUUAGCCAUAAAUUU